GGAUGUCAAAGCUGCAUACGAAAGGUCUUCCUCUGCCUCCACUCUGCGAGCUUGGCUGCAGCCUGCAGUGUGGCAUACUGUAGGCAGAUAGUGCACUAAUCGAUUAUUAAUGACUGGUUGACAGCUGCUGUUAAUUCAACAUGCAGCUGUAGAAAUCUGAGUCAAAAUUGUUAUAACAGCGGGUAAAUUCAGUUCUGGAAAUGGUUGUUCCAAAUGGAAGGCCAUCUGCGAACUGUUCGUGAAAGUGUCAAAGCCACUAGAACACACAGCAAAAUGUUUGCACCUUUGGAGGGUAAUGGGCGGGGUAUUGCACCUGCAGACCAAUUGCAAAGGCCUGAGGUAUAAAUGACAGGAGCAUAAGUUCCUUUGUUCGACCACGUAUUUGCUAUAUAUACACGCGGGUUCAUAUUUUCCACAGAAGACUUUGUUGAGAGAAUCGCAAUGGACGUCAAAUCAUUUCACAGCCUCUUUUUGUUUUUAUGUCUUUUGUCAGGAGAGAGCUGUGGCCAAACAGUGUACGGUAAGAUAGGAGAAAACGUAUACCUACAUCUGCGGGAGUCACACAGAAGGUCUUUCCAUGCUAUUAAAUGGAGACGCCAAAAUAUAGUUAUAGCCAAGACAGCACGUUCUAGUGAACCAUUUGCAGAGGUUUUCCCAAAUGGAACACUGAAGCUGUAUAACAUUGGGAGAAACCGCAGUGGGGUUUAUACUGCUGAAGCCUAUGAUGACCAAGGCAUCUUCUUAUUGAAUGAGACGUCUCACUUGGUUGUGAUUGAUCCUCCGGUGGUUGAGCUUGUUGCCUGUAGACUGGACGUUUCGGUGUUACACUGUGCGGGGGAAAACGGUCCUGAUGCCGUGUACGAGUGGAGGGUCAGUGUCCAGAACCAGGGACGUCUAAAGGUCUCCAAUCAUACAGGGAAAUUUGUGGCUCUGGAAUAUUCACCUGGAAACAUCUCCUGCUCUCUGAUAAUGGGAAACUAUAGCAGUCGGAGUACGUCUUAUUCCCUGUCCUGUGCAGGGUCUGCUUGGUUGGUUCCAGAAACACAGUUGUGUGUCAGUCUCGGGGUCACUGUCAUGCUGGUCCUUCUUUGCUUCAUGACAUGUGGAAUUUCAGUCGGUGUACAAAUAUGCCGCAAGCGACAGAAUUCAAACGUGAAGUCUGAAGAAAGCGGGCCCCCUCUUGAGAUGACCCAAGAUGACGGGAUUCUUUACAGUGAAGUCAGAGUCGGAAAACGACACAAAUAGCUUUUUACAUCCCUUUUAUUAAAAAUCACUGUUACAAAUCUAUUUCAGAAUCUAUUAUUUUGUUUUCAUGACAAAUGAAAUAUGUAGAAAACAGCAAUUCUGUGCUUUGAUAUCUUUAAGAAAAAUGGAUUUAUAAAAACAUUGACAUAUGUGUGUAUAUUUAUGCGUGUACAUAUGCGUGUAUAUUUUUGUGUAUAAUUUACAUACGUGUUGCAUAUAAUUGUGCUUACCUUUUUUGUGAUAACUAUGUGGCAAAUGGCUGUGGGUGUGUGUCUUUAAAAUUAAAGCAACAAGAAAAGCAACUUUGUCAUUUCUAUUUUAUGAUGCCUGCUUAGUACUGGAUUUAUAGUAUGUAUUUCUGUGAAUAUUUUGGAAAAAUAGUUAGCAAUGCUGUAACUAUUUUUAUUUAAAAUGAUAAGACUUAAAAAUUUGUCAAGCGGAUUCAAAGUCAACAGGGCUCACACCUGUCUGGGAAGUGAUAGAACUAUGCAGUAUUACAUCAGAGGAGGAAUUACAGAUGGGCAACAGAGCAGUGUCAAUGUCUGAUGCAACAGCACGUUAUUACACAAGCGAUUCACCUCACCUGUUUUGGUGCGUCUGAAAUAGUUGCGGCGGAUGUUAAGUUGGUUAAAUAUACAAUUGGCAAACAUUCUAGGGAAGGCCUGGAUUUGUGGCUGGUCUCAGACGAUGCUGUCGGUGUAGAAGCUGGAUGUGGAGGUCAUGGGUGGUCGUGGUUACACGUGGUCUUGAGGUCGCGAGGCCGGUUGGAAAGUACCGCCAAAAUCUCACAAACAACACUGGAGGUGUCUUAUGGUUGAGGAACGAACAUUCAGGUCAACG